AUGAACACUGUUAUCGGAUUUGUAACAGAAGUUACGGACGAAAAACCUGGUCCAUUUGAAAAUUAUAGACGUUUUCAACUAAUGAAACUCGACAAAGAAAUCAUAUCUGGUUCAGUUUUUUCAAUAAUGCCUAUUCAAGAAACAACUUCUGGUGCUAUACUUUUAUCUGCUGAAAAAAACAAAUCAGCAGUUCGUUUAGUAGGCGAACUAUCUAAGGAUGAAGGUAAUGCAAAAUCACCUGCUGAAUGUUACUUACAUAUACGUUUAUGUUUUAAAUUUUUUUUAACAUGA